CCGAGUAGGGGACAGCCCCUGCUACAAACCGGCUUCUCUGUUCACACCCCUGGCCCCUCGGACUCUGUACGCAAAGGCUAAUCCAGGGUGACUGCAGAAAACCCACCAUCGAAGAUAAAGAAGGCCGGUUGGUCACCCGCGUCCGGUUUGAAAGUAUCCACAGACUCCGCUGAAGUGCGCCAGCCGGCGUCUGAGGGUUUCCUUCUGGCCGAGAGGGGGAGCCCCGCGAUCCCUGCCCGGGCGACCCGGAGUCCCGAGCCGCCGCCGCCUGCGCCAGUUAGGGCUUCGGCUGAUUAGGACGAGGAGGGAGGGGGCAGAGCCCGGAGAAGGAAGGGACCGGAGCCAGAGGGUCCCGAGUCACGCGGAGUGAGGACGCAGAGAAACUUUCCCUGCCGGUCUCGGAAGCGCGAUCCCGGCUGCAGAUCACCGGAGCUCUCCCUGCCGGUGCCCCGAGCGCUAGCGGCCGCAUCCCUGUGCGAGUCACGCUCUGUUUCCUGCUGAGUUGGAGAUAUUUCAAGGAAAGUAACCCAAGGUCAAAACAAGCUCUGGACCUUCAUUCCUGCAGUUAAUCAUCUCCAGUGGAUGAGUAUUGCCUCUCUCUAGCUGUGGGUCUCCCUAGUCCUAGCCUGCCUGGAACUCACUUUGUGGACCGGCUGCUCUUGAUAUCCCAGAGGUCCAUUGGCCUCUGCGUCCCAGGGCUGGGAUUCAAGGUCACCAGGUGUCACUGAACUGAGUAGGUGGAAGAUCCUCGUCAUGAACCGUGCUUUUAGCAGGAAGAAAGACAAAACAUGGAUGCAUACGCCUGAAGCUUUGUCAAAACAUUACAUUCCCUAUAAUGCAAAGUUUCUUGGCAGUACUGAAGUGGAACAGCCAAAAGGAACAGAAGUUGUGAGAGAUGCUGUCAGGAAGCUGAAGUUUGCAAGGCACAUCAAGAAAUCAGAAGGCCAGAAAAUUCCCAAAGUAGAGCUGCAAAUAUCAAUUUAUGGAGUAAAAAUUCUAGAACCCAAAACAAAGGAAGUCCAACACAACUGCCAGCUUCACAGAAUAUCAUUUUGCGCAGAUGAUAAAACUGACAAGAGGAUAUUUACUUUCAUAUGCAAAGAUUCUGAGUCAAAUAAACAUUUGUGCUAUGUAUUUGACAGUGAAAAGUGUGCUGAAGAGAUAACGUUAACCAUUGGCCAAGCAUUUGACCUGGCAUACAGGAAAUUUCUAGAAUCUGGAGGAAAAGAUGUGGAUACAAGAAAACAGAUUGCAGGGUUGCAGAAAAGAAUCCAAGAUUUAGAAACAGAAAAUAUGGAACUUAAAAAUAAGGUACAAGAUUUGGAAAGCCGAUUAAGAAUAACUCAAGCAUCAUCACCACUGCUGCACAGAGUGUCUGGUCAUGUGCCACACGGGUUUCAGAGAUGUGCAUCCUCUUUCUGGCGCAGUAGUGGUGAUCCAUCUCUCUGUCUAAACAUGUCUUCCAUUUCUGUCACUCCUGCCAACUCGCCUGACUCCAGACUCUCAGUGGGACGGUUAAUACCACCACCUUCUAAAAGUGGCCUGCUCCAGCCAGUCAGUGAGAGCAGCAUUCCAAGACCUCAUGCAGGCAGUGUGACACUGAAGUCUCCCUCCACCGACAUCUUUGACAUGGUUCCAUUUUCUCCAAUAUCACAACAGUCUCCAAUACCUACACGCAAUGGCACACAGCCACCACCAGUACCAAGCAGAUCUGCAGAGAUCAAACGGGACCUGUUUGGAGCUGAACCUUUUGACCCAUUUAACUGUGGAGCAGGGGACUUCCCUCCAGAUGUUCAGUCCAAAUUAGAUGAGAUGCAGGAGGGGUUCAAAAUGGGACUAACUCUUGAAGGCACAGUGUUUUGUCUCGACCCAUUAGACAGCAGGUGCUGAUGUCAGGAUGGGAAAUCCUGAACCAUGGUGAAUUUUAUACAUAUGUAUUGUUCAUUAUUUUAAGACAGCCAUUGUACUUGUGCCAAUAUAUUUUUGAAUAUAUAAAUAUUUUGAAAUGUAUUGCAGUAAAAUAUGUUCAAGAUCUCUGUUGAUAUGUCAUCUUUUAUUUUAAAGAGCUUAAUGUAAUGUAUGUCAUACUUACUUGUUCCUUUCUAUUUGUGUUAUGGGAAAAUUUAUAACUGAAAGACAAGUUUUCCAAAUAUCUACCUUGUCUGAGUUCUACAUAAUCAUCACCUGAAAUUUGUGCUUUUUCUUUAGGCUGAUAGUUGGUUAUCCAUGUCCCAAAAGCCAUGCCUUGAUAAUAUCUUCAAAUUUCUGGAGAGCUAGACCAAUGCCAAACUACAUGUGUCCUGUUUUCAAGCCAAAAAUCAGAUUAUCAGUCAUGAGACAAAUAUCAUUUUAUGUAUAAAUGUUCAUGUCAUUAUGAAAAUAUAAACAAUGAAUAUUAUGCCACCAGUCCACUAAAUUUUAUCUGGUAAAAUUGAAACAUAAGUUCCAAUAGUAAUAAUGUAAAGUACAUUCAGAAUGUUAGUAGAUGGUUAUUGUAAGUUAUACUCUAAAAUGUUUGAUUUUUCUCAUAAGCAGCAAUUGUGGAAAAACUGCUACCUUUAAAACACUUAAAAUUUUAUUCAGAAUGUGUUGUCAUAUCGCUAUAACAUCUGACCAUCAUCUAAUAUUUUAAAAACAAGAAUGUGUGCUUUCUACAGGUCCAACGCCUAUUAUUUAUGUUUAUUUUAUCAAAUAUUUCUCAGCUUUUCUCCUGUGAUAAAAAUAUUUUUGUCACCAAAGCUUGUUUUUACAAUGUUACAUUAGUUUUGAGACUUCAAAAUUUCUGACAACCAUUCUAUUUAAAUUAAAAAUAUUGGGAAAAUUUAAUUUUCUUUUCUUUUGUUAAAGUCAAAAUCUCAUUUUUCACAAAACUUAGGUUGCUGAUCAGCUUCACCUUGAAUGUGAGCAAUAAAGUUCUCUGAUACCUCAUUCUUGAUGUGCUGAUGAACCCUGACUUUUGAAACAUAUGCUUCUAAUAUCUUUGCCAAUUAUGUAACAGACUAGCAGCAAUAGUGCAGAAAAUGCUUAUGGUCAACAUUUCUAAUUUGGUUUAUCAUAUUAUAAGAGAAAUAAAUUAAAUUAAUAAAAAAUCUGUACUUAGUUUGGAGAUGGUUAUCAAAACUAAAUUGAUGAUUCUUUUAGUCAUGGGAAUUUUAUGCAAGUGCUAAAGGUACAUUUUCCCUAGGAACAGAUAUCAAAUAUGCUUAUGCAAUAUUAUAUGUGUGUGCAUUUCUACCAUGUUCUAUGGUAUAUAUGAGUCUUUGUGUUUAUGAUACCUGCAAAGUUGUACCUUAAUUAGAGGAUAGUGUGUGUUUCAUGAGAAAGAGUCUUUAUAAUUUUGAUUGUCAUAUAGUAUUUUGAAAUUUGUAUAAUAAGAAUGUUUAGAAGCCAAAUAAAUGGCUUUUUUUAACAGAUAGAAUUUGUAUUUUUAUUGUACUUUAAAAAGCUUUAUGUAAUAGGUAUAUAUUUAGCAACCAUUUAUUAUCAAUUGUAACACAAUAGCAUACUCAGAAGAUAUUUGCACAUUUAAGAUAUGCUACUUUACCAAUUUUGAUGGUAAUCAGUUCUGCUACUGGCAUGAUCAAAUAGUACAUAAUUGGUCAUUAAUUAUGAACAUUUAUUUCACCAGUGCAUUUUUAUGAAGUCAUGAUUGGAAAUUGUAUUUCUAUGUAAACUCAAUGAUAUGUUUGAUUCGCUGAGAA